CUGGAGCUUAGAGGUGUGAAGACCGGAAGCAGUAUCUAUGAGUGGAGCAUGGGGUGAAAACAUGACAACUGUCACAGCCUCCUGUCUCUCCACCCAUCUUCACCUUGUGGUUCCUGGCUCUGCUGCAGAGGCUAGAUCAUCUCAAGCUUCAAGAUGCGGUCUCAGCUGAGCCCACUGCCUUUAACAGCAAAUACAUACGGAAACAUUUCCCUUGACCCGUGGGAGAAGCCAGGAUGGAAACUUCAACCACCGCAAAGGACUAUGACAUGACCACAGAAUACGACUAUGGGGACACGACCCCAUGCCAGAAGGUACAGGAGAGGGCUUUUGGGGCCCAGCUGCUGCCCCCCUUGUACUCCGUGGUGUUUGUCAUUGGCCUGAUCGGAACAUCCUGGUGGUCCUGGUGCUACACAAAAGGAUAAAAAAUAUAAUCAACAUCUGCCUCCUCAACCUGGCCAUUUCUGACCUUAUCUUCCUCUUUAUGCUGCCCUUCUGGAUCGAUUACAAGGUGAAGGAUGACUGGAUUUUCGGAGAUGCCAUGUGUAAGUUGCUCUCUGGGUUCUUUUUCUUGGGCUUGUACAGCGAGAUCUUCUUCAUCAUCCUGCUGACCAUCGGCAGGUACCUGACUAUCGUCCACCCCCAGUUUAAACGUCAGUGUUGGAACAUUACCUCUGGUACUGUCACCGGCACUGUCGUCUGGGUCCUGGCCACCUUGGCUUCUGUCCCCGUCUUGUACUUUUCCAAGGCCCAGUGGUGGCUCACCCACUACACCUGCAGUCUUCAUUUUCCUCCUGAAAGCCAUGGAAGAAAGUGGAAGCAGUUCCUGGCUCUGAAACUGAACAUCUUGGGGCUGAUAUUACCUCUGUUGGUCAUGAUUGUCUGCUAUGGACAUAUAAAGAUUAUAAAGAUUAUAUUCAGAACUUGGAGUAAGAAGGCCAACAUAAUACGUCUGAUUUUUGUCAUCAUGAUCACCUUCUUUCUCUUUUGGACGCCCUGCAAUCUGACUGUGUUUGUUUCUGAUUUCCAAGACUCCCUGUGUGAGCACUGCAGCCAGCUGGACUUGGCCAUUGAAGUGACAGAGGCAAUUGCCUAUGUGCACUGCUGCGUCAACCCCAUAGUCUAUGUCCUUUUCUGCAGGAGGUACCGCAGGGUUCUAUGGUACUUGCUCUAUCAGCUGACUUAGUGUCGCUGCUUCCUCUACAAGGAGGAAGGAGAGGGUCAACUCCAUGUCUAUUACACAGGCGAGGAAGAACGCUGUUCUGUGUACAGACUCAGGCCCCUCAGGUCCAUCAGGGACAAAGUAACCAGAAGCUGCUAACAUGCUGACUGGGGAGGAGGCAGCUUGGGUCUCCCAGCCAGAUUCUGACACCUGACCUGGAAUUGUAGCCCCAUGGGGUUGAGGGAGCUCCAAGGUGUUCUAGACAAAAUCACCAUUAAGGUUUGAUUUUUCUCCAUGAAAUUCUCUUUGGUGGAAAAUGAGAUGUAUAGAUGAGAUGGUGGAAAUGAAUAAAUGAAGUGGGACAUCCCAGAAGACUGGGUCAAAGGAUGACAGAGAAAGGCUUGGUACCAAAGAGGAGUUCAGAUUGUUGAACAGUAGCAUUUGUAAACCAGUCACUGAGCAUCUGCUACCCUCACCCCCAAGACCAGUGAUCUUGGAGAUAGGGAUUUCCAUAGCUGCCUCCACUCCGAGCAGAGAAGCCAAGCAGGAGCCGGCAGCCACCUCUCACCUCCCCACCCCCACUCCUAGGGCAGUGUUUAGGCUCCUGGAAACCCUGAGGAAUCUAGAACUCCUGAUGGAAGAACUUGACACCUAAUAGGAAAUAGGAUUGGGGAACUGCUUUUGGCAGUGAAGCUAAGAAAGCCCUUGGAUGGAAUGUUUAUAGUCACUAAAAUCAACAAAUGCAGGCAGCAGGCUAGACACAGACAAAAUGUAUAAUCUGCUGUACUUCUUGAAAUUGCCAUGGAAUAGAGGUAGUCAUUACUUCCUUUUACCAUUCCUGUCUUCUGAAUAUUUUUCAGAAUCUCCCUUCCCUGUCAGUUGAGGGAUGCAGCAGUAAUUUCUGACAGCUUCACUGCAGAAAUCAUUACCAGGCAAAAGGAGACAGGGUUGAUUUUCUUCCUCUGGACUUCCAUCCAGACCUUGUAGCUGAAUGGAUCAGAGUUCUGGCUGCCAUCUUGGACCGAUCAGCAGGACAGUGACCUGGUGUGCAGGGUUUGAGGCUGGCAGGGAGGGCAACAUCUACCAGGAGGGGUGGGGACUCAGUCAGUGUAGGACGUCGAGGACCACUUAACUCAAAGAAAUGCGUUUACCCUAAAGGUCCUUAACAUCUGAGCUCUCACCUGAAUUAAGAGAGGACCUCUUGUCCAUCAUGCCUUUCUUCCUUUUUCCCUUAGAUGUACAUUUCUCUAAAAGUGAUUUUCCCAGUUAUAAAAAUUGUUUCCAGAAAAGCUUAAAAUCACAAAAGGAGAAAAAAAAAACUUCAAAAUUAUUCAUAAUCCCCUACCCAGAGGCAGCACUGUACAUUCUUUGAUGGGUUAAUAUUUUCUUUUAGUUUUCUCUCUUCUGUACAUGUUUUAAGUUUACAAAUAAGAUGAACUUUGACUGUA